AGCUACCCUUCGUCACUCUUACGGCGCUCACAAACCCUAAUUAGGGUUUUCUCAUACAGGUACUUCUUCUUCUCAGGGACUCCAUUUCUAGGUUUCGAUCUACAGAUUAACGAAGUGAAUUUUUGAAGGAGAAAGGAGAAGUAUUUGAGCCAUGAGUAAGCUUCAGAGUGAGGCCCUUAGAGAAGCCAUCUCUAUAAUUAAGAAUGAUUCGGCUGAGAAAAAGAGGAAGUUCUCCGAGACUAUUGAGCUCCAGAUUGGGCUUAAGAACUAUGAUCCCCAAAAGGACAAGCGUUUCAGUGGAUCUGUGAGGUUGCCUCACAUUCCACGCCCUAAGAUGAAGAUUUGCAUGCUCGGAGAUGCUCAACACGUGGGGGAGGCAGAGAAGAUCGGUUUGGAGUACAUGGAUGUUGAGAGCCUCAAGAAGCUUAACAAGAACAAGAAGUUGGUUAAGAAGCUUGCAAAGAAAUACCAUGCUUUCUUGGCUUCAGAAUCUGUCAUCAAGCAGAUUCCUCGUCUCUUGGGUCCUGGUCUGAACAAGGCAGGUAAGUUUCCAACCCUUGUCUCCCACCAAGAGUCACUCGAGUCUAAGGUUAAUGAGACCAAGGCUACCAUCAAGUUCCAGUUGAAGAAGGUGCUUUGCAUGGGUGUUGCCGUCGGUAAUUGUGAUAUGGAGGAGAAACAAAUCUUCCAGAAUGUGCAAAUGAGCGUGAACUUCUUAGUAUCUCUUCUAAAGAAGAAUUGGCAGAACGUAAGGUGCUUGUACUUGAAGAGCACCAUGGGGAAGACUCAACGUGUAUUUUAGGAAGACAAGUCUCGUUAUUGGAGCUUUUCAUGCAUUCUUCUUGUAAGAGAGAUAGAUACACUAAUGAAAAUUUUGGAUAGUAGUCAUCCGUGAUCAUGUUUUGAAUGUUACAUCACUACAAGGAUCGAUCAUAUUGCUGAGACAUUUUCUUCUUUUCAA